CACUAUGCGUAGAUAAAGAAGCAAGCGGCUCAACCAGUUCCCUUUUUUCUUUCCAUUCUUUUCUUCACCUUUGCUCUCUCUCCACAUCGGAGAGAGAGACUCAGGACUGAGGCUGGAUUUUUUUUCUUUCUUUCUGUUUUUCUUUCUUUUUUAAACUCUACUUUGGGAGCUAAUAUUUAAAGUGCCUUCAGGAUAUUUACUUAGCAAAGCAGGAACCGUUCGCCUCUGAGUGCAGCAUGGGGUCUGAUGAUUCGUACAAUUUUGUCUUUAAAGUGGUUUUGAUCGGAGAGUCUGGCGUAGGAAAGAGCAACCUUCUGUCUCGCUUCACCAAGAAUGAGUUCGCCCAUGACAGCCGUACCACCAUCGGUGUCGAGUUCAGCACACGGACCGUGCAGAUUGAUAACCUCACCAUCAAAGCUCAAAUCUGGGACACGGCUGGCCUGGAGCGCUACAGAGCUAUCACCUCAGCGUAUUACAGGGGAGCAGUUGGAGCGCUGCUGGUCUAUGACAUUAGCAAGCACUUGACCUAUGAGAGCGCAGAGAGAUGGCUGAAGGAGCUGUACGACCACGCAGACCCUCAUAUUGUGGUCAUGCUGGUGGGAAACAAAAGCGAUCUGGACACUCUCAGGACUGUACCCACAGAUGAGGCCAGAGACUUUGCAGAAAAGAAAGGUCUGAUGUUCAUGGAGACAUCAGCGUUGGGCUCCACCAAUGUUGAAGCAGCUUUCAGUGAAGUUCUCACAGCGAUCCAUAAGAAGGUGGCCAGCAGAGAGGUGACCCGUGGCUCCAUCAGUGCUGUGACCCUCUCCAGCCCCCUUGGGCCAAGCAGCGAGGCACAGGAGGAGCGCAAAGGCUGCUGCAGGAGCUAAUAACAGACUGCGGCACCUCCCCAGAAAGAUCUGCUGUGUACAUACUGAAGCAUCACCAUGCUUGACUGUCAUUCAAGCGAGGCUUCUGCUUGACACUGAGCUCUCAGUGUUCAGGCGUCUUUCAGUAUACCAUCUGUACAGUAUCUAAUUUACUGAAUAAGUGUUGCAAAUGGUAAUUCACUUUCAUGUUUUAUACAUAUUUCUUUUGAUGGCUGACGGGCAAUUUCUGCAUUAGAUGACAUUUUUUCCUUUAUGUUUCUAGAAAUACUUUGUAAUUUUGUAUUGCUUUUAUAAAGGAAUCCAGAGGGAA